CAAGCACGAACACACGAACACGGUGCAGCACUCAAUGGUCAAGGACGUGGUGCCUAGAGGAAGCCGCGGGUUUCUGAAGGACGAAGCCUUGCCGGCGAGGAUAGAGCACGGGGACCGUUCUAGAGCGGGUAUAUUUUUCAAGGAAGACACCAUGCCAGCGAGGAUGAAUCAAGAGGAAGAUGGGAGAGGGGGCGCACAGGGCGGAGGAAAACACGGGUUCGUCAAGCAAGAAGCGCUGCCGGCGAAGAUCAAGCAAGAGAAAGAUGUGAUUGGGGGCGGGCAAUGUGGAGGAAAACAUACGUUUGUCAAGCAAGAGGGCAUGCCCGCGAGCACCAAGGAUGAGCGUCGAAACGGCUGUGGGGGCUCCAGGGCAGUCAACGGAUUCAUCAAGCAAGAAGAUUUGCCGGCGAAGGUUAAACAAGAGAAAGGUGUGAGGCCGGAUGAGCAGGGCGGAGGAAAACACUGGUUCAUCAAGCAAGAAGCUUUGUCGGCCAAGAUCAAGCAAGAGAAAGAUGGGAGCGCGGGUGGACAGGGCGGAGGAAAACACGGAUCCAUGAAGCAAGAAACUUUGCCAGCGAAGAUCAAGCAAGAGAAAGAUGGGAGCGCGGGUGGACAGGGUGGAGGAAAACACGGAUCUAUCAAGCAAGAAGGUUUGCCAGCGAAGAUCAAAGAAGAGCAAGACGGGAGCGCGGGUGGACAGGGUGGAGGAAAACACGGAUCUAUCAGGCAAGAAGGUUUGCCAGCGAAGAUCAAGCAAGAGAAAGAUGGGAGCGUGGGUGGACAGGGUGGAGGAAAACACGGAUCCAUUAAGCAAGAGAAAUAUGGGAUGGUGGGUGGGCCAGGUGGAGGAAAACACGGGCUGGUUAAGGAAGAAGCGAUGCCGGCGAAGAUCAAGCAAGCGAAAGGUGUCCGAGGGGGUGGGGGGCGAACCACGGACGGGCUCAAGUCUGUCAAGCAAGAGACCGUACAGGCGAAGGGACACAAGAGGCCUCAUCCGAGAGAAGAGGGCGCCUGGGGCCACAAGAAGAAGAAAAAUAACAACCUCUCCGCAAAAACAAAAGCCGCACAACGAGCGCAGGCUUCUGCCGGCAAUGGCCAGCCCCAACAACACAACGUACCAUUCUGGAAGCUCGACAAGGAAACUCAUGCCCAACGACAACGGAGGCUGUACCUGUGGCGGAGGGCGGGUGGCCAAGUGGUCGAAGACGAGGCUAGAAUCGCCAACGUUCGACGCAAGGAGCAGGCCGGGAUGAAGGUCUCAGCCAAGGAGAGGAGCAAGGCCGAAACGUCAAUGAGGAGGAUGAUACGGGCGGGGAUCUACACCGGCUGGGACGACACAACCCCCAACGUGAAAAAGCUACUUAAGGCGCGGGAGGGCCUCCCCGAGGGCACUCCAGGCGCUCUGAAAUCGAAGGCGCAACUAAAUCGAGCGCUGUUGUGGGCGAAGAACACGGAACCUCGUGCUCCCGUCUAAGACGGAACGAAUAGGGCGGGGGGUGAAAGGGGUUGGGGCGCAAGAGGGAGGGUGUACGUGCGGACGAAAUGGCGGGCCAGUGCAAUUUGAUUGUGGGAGUCGAAACCACAUGCAUGCUUGCUUCCGUUGAGAGACGCAUUUACCUCGGCGGGGUUCUCUGAGGAGUUGAUUUUAGUUGAAUGGAGUCUUGACACGUACACUUUCGGGAAUUCAAAGCAUGAAUGUCACUCCUUCGCAUGUAUGUGCUCGCACACUGAGGAAAAGGAUGCCGUUGGCGGCGUUCCAUGAGAAGUGAUGUAUAGCGGCGGACUAUUUCGUAAGGGUCUGUGAUCAAUCGAAUUGGGUUACGAGAGAGUGUACCUCCAUUGCCAUGCAAAAUUUGGUUUUACCCCCGCCGACUGCCAGUAUUUUUGUUGAGCACGGGAGCAAGUACUUGAGAAGUACACGAAAAUAACAUACAUGUCCAUUCGAAAAUCGUUGAACUCCAUCUCCUCUUUUCGUAGCGUCGGCCACUGCCGGUAACUUACCCCGGCGUGGCCAUCGUAAUAGCCCUCGUCGUUCUUAGAGGGACGUUUUCCAUUGCUAUUAUAGCUCUGGUGCUGUGCCUUCGUGAAGCAGGAGUUUAACCCGGACCUCGGCUUGGUCCCGCUCCUUUGGUCGCCACCACGGCGCGCCCGCGAAACAAUCAUCGUCAGGAGAGCUACCAUCAUUCGUCGAUUUGUUCUCCGUUCGUUUUUGCUGGGUUCCUGUCACAAGGCUGGUUACUCG